GAGCUGUUUUAAUGUCUCCACACAUUUCUCACUUUUAAAGUAAAGAACACAAGUUGUUUAGGACAAGGACAUCCAAUAUUAGUUUCCCUUUGAGGUGCACAGCUGAAGGGAAUUUGAGCACUGCAAGGAUCACUUCCAGACAAACACAUUUGUCGACAACAAAUGAAUGUUCAGAAGUGUCAAGAUGCUUUUUGAGGAAGUGAAAGAAGAGGCCAGCACAAGAAAACAGGAGGACUGUAAAAGCCAUAUCUUUUAAUUUAUUGUUUGGGAGCAAUGAGUUGCUUGCGUUUUUUUGUAGGUGCAUCUCCAGCCUCAAGUGUUUGAGAAUUCUUUAAAAGAUAAUCCACCAUGUUCAAACGGUGGCUGCUGGCCCUGGUGGCCCGUGUCAGCCUUUAUGUGCUGGGCCUCUGCUGCUGCGUGUUGGUGUUGUACCUCCUAGCCUGCAAACCUGCAUCACAUAGCAGCCAGCAGUCUCUGCUAUGGUCUGGCGGUGCUACCAGUAAGGAGAGGUACAUGGCAUUACUGCAGGAGAGGGAGGACUCUCACAGACAUUACAUCAACAGCCUGUCAAAGCAGAUAGCCCAGCUGAAGGAAGCUCUGCAGGAGAGGACACAGCAGCUUCAGGAGUCCCUGGAUAAAGCUAAAAUCAAAGGGAUUCUACCUCAGGGUUUGGAGAGCCUGUACAAAACCCCUGAUUUAAAGGAGUUCUUCCGCUCCCAGCUGAACCAGGCAGAGGUGAACUCAGGUGUGAAGCUGCCCAGCGAAUAUGCACUAAUUCCUUUUGACACGUUCACCCUGCAGAGUGUGUACCAGCUGGAAACAGGGCUGACCAAGCAUCCAGCAGAGAGGCCUGUGAGAAAAGACCGCAGAGAUGAGCUGAUAGGCACUGUGGAAACAGCUCUGCAUGUCCUGAACAGACCCGAGCAACAUACUGACAACAUUAGGAGGAAGCGCACAUACUCCCCUUUAGACUUCAUACAAGGGCUGACUCGCACAGAGCGGGACAGAGGAAGUGUUUAUGAGCUGACGUUUAAAGGUGACAGUCCACAGGAUUUCAUGCAGCUUGUGCUCUUCAGGCCCUUUGGUCCCAUGAUGAAGGUGAAGAGCGAAACUGUGAACACGCAAAGCAUCAUCAUCAACAUCAUCGUACCUCUCUCCAAGAGGGUGGACACAUUCAAGCAGUUCAUCAAAAACUUCAGAGAAGUGUGCAUCCAGCAGGACGGUAGGAUUCAUCUCACCGUGGUCUACUUUGGUCGAGAUCAGAUAGACCAGGUAAAAGCCGUGCUGGACCAGACCACAAGAGAGACUCGGUUCAAAAGCUUCACACUGAUCCAGCUGAAUGAGGAGUUUUCUCGUGGGCGGGGCUUAGACGUGGGUGCCAGGGCUUGGAGGCGCAGCCAGAACGUCUUGCUCUUCUUCUGUGAUGUUGACAUCCAUUUUACAGCUGAUUUCUUAACUUCCUGCCGUCUCAAUGCAGAACCUGGUAAGAGAGUGUAUUAUCCAGUGCUCUUCAGCCAGUACAACCCAUCUGUCAUCUACAGAAAUCAGACACUCCUUCCGUCACCUCAGCAACAACUGGGGAUAAGGAAGGAGACCGGAUUCUGGCGAGACUUUGGAUUUGGCAUGACAUGCCAAUACAGGUCUGAUUUCAUCAACAUAGGCGGUUUCGAUCGCAGCAUCAAAGGCUGGGGGCUGGAGGACGUGCACCUGUACAGGAAGUAUCUUCACAGUAAGCUGAUGGUGAUUCGCUCUCCAUCUCGCGGCCUUUUCCAUUUGUGGCACGAGAAGAGCUGUGCAGAUGAGCUUCCUCCAGACAAAUACAAAAUGUGCAUGCAGACCAAAGCCAUGAGCGAAGCUUCGCACAGCCAGCUGGGGGAGCUCUUCUUCAAGCGAGAGAUUCAGGCUCACUCUCAGAAACAGAUCACCAGAGAAACCCAGUGAGGGAUAUUAGGUUAGAGACUGUGAUAAGGCUGAUAAAUACAGCAUUUUGGUGAUAAUUUACUUUCAU